AGGGGGAGGCGGCCCCGGCGGGACUGUCCGGCGAGGCAGUGAGCGGCACUGUGCCACGCGGCCCGCCUGCCUCCCACCCGCACUCCGCCUCGUCCUGCCAUCGCGUCGCUCUCGCGCUCCCGCGGCCUCGCGCGACCUUUCGCCGCUCCGCCGUCGCCGCCUGCGGGCCCCGAGUGAGACCAGCCAAGUGAGGGAUUCUGGCUCCGAAAGGCGUGUCAGAGCGACUUACAGACACGGAAAGGUCCACGAGAAAACACUGAAAAGUUAUGACCAUAGACGAAAGUAUCGAAAAAUAAUAUUACCUAAGUGAUGCUAAAAAACAUCGUUUGAUAUGCAAAAGAAAUAAAAAAUACUUCAGAAAGUGUGGGAUGUGGUGCUAAAAAGUGUGACUUAGAGUAGGAUUUGCUCUUAGUGAAGUGUUCCUAAGCCUUCGCCACCCACGAGGCGGGCUCUGAGAACUCGCUUUGAAGAACGAAUUCGGACGAGGCGCGGAGUAGCUGUGUCACUUGGUAAUGAGAUCUCAUGGCUUGGGGCGCUCUGCCUGCUCUGGCGCCGUGCUGGGAGCAUAGUAUCUACAUAGACAUUGACACAUAGAACACAGAAUUUCUAAAAAAAGAAAGAGAAACAAAAAAAGAAAAACAAUAAAGAGAAGAAUAAAACGAACAAACAAACAAACAUAAAUCUUUCUUAUGAGACUAUCAGUCGUUGGAAAAAAAUAAAUAAAACAAAGCGUAUAGUCAAGAAAAAAAAUCAUUAUUUAUAAAUAUCAUCGGAAGUCUUCUGCACAAGGUUUUUGAAGCGUGAACUCUGAUCUGGUGAUGCGAGAGAAGAAACUGAAGUAAGGACAGUCCGGGUCCAGACAGCUCCAUUCGUCGCCGGCUGCGCUCCUGUCGUGAUAAUUGGGAAGGCUCAUUAAGACUUCAUAGAAGAUAAAAGGAGGCGGCGUCGGACUCAGCUCUGUUUACUUGCUACGGAACCCCGUCGCCCGGAGGCCCACUUAUCGGAGGCGAGGAACGGGCUUAGUCGACGCUACCUGAAGGAAGUUGAUCUGUGUCCACGAAGGAACAGAUAACAACUCGGACGAAACGAACGACCCUUUUGCCUCCGCAUUCGUAGGCUACCGCAUCGCCGCUGCUGCCGCCUCACGUGUGUCCUUCCGCGGGCGCGCCAUGGGCUGAAGAGCAGCGGCCGUGCAGUUCGGAGUCGCGACGAUGACGCGGCGCAGGGACCACUUGCUGAGCGUCGAAGGAGCACGAGUCGUCGAGGCUCAUCACGAGGAGCGACUCACAGCCUGAUUCCCUCGCGACCUUUCAGAACAUGGAUGAAGAAAAUGUAUAAAGCAGAAGAGCACAGCAUCGAGUCUCCCCUUCGCAGCGCCUUCAGGAAGAGUGAAGGCUGAGCCCCUGAAGUGAAGCGCCAGGCUGCGGCACCAGGAUGGCCUGCAUGGCCUGGUGGCGGGCGGUGAUCGCGGGCAUGGUGGCGCUGCUCCUGGUGGCCGCCGACGCCCAGGCCAUGAAGCAGAAGAGGAGGAAGACCGCCCUCAUGUCGGGGGACAUCCUCAUCGGGGCUCUCUUCAGCGUGCAUCACCAGCCCAAGAAGAAGACGGCGUUCACCCUCACGUGCGGGAAGAUCCGCGAACAGUACGGCAUCCAGCGCGUGGAGGCGGCUUUCCUGGCCAUCGACAACAUCAACGCCGACCCGGAUCUGCUGCCCAACAUCACCCUCGGCGUCGAAAUUCGGGACUCGUGCUGGUACUCGUCCAUCGCCCUCGAGCAGAGCAUAGAGUUCAUCCGCGACGCCCUGGCCACCCCCGAAGGCAGCAGCAACAGCACCGAAAACGACAGCUGUAAAUCAACGGCAACGAGCAAGAAUCUGGUGGGCGUGGUCGGGCCGGGUUCCUCUGACGUCACGAUUCAGGUGCAAAAUCUGAUGCAGCUGUUCCAGAUCCCUCAGGUGGGAUACUCGGCGACCUCGCUUGACCUGAGCGAUAAAUCCCGUUUCUCGUACUUCAUGAGGGUCGUCCCUUCUGAUUACUACCAGGCGCAGGUCAUGAUCGACAUUGUUCGACACUACAACUGGACUUAUGUUUCGGCAGUUCACACGGACGGUAACUACGGGCAGAGCGGCAUGACAGCCUUCAGGGAGUUGGCGGAACAGAGCAACAUCUGCAUCGCCAAGGAAGACUCGGUGCUGAGUAACGCGGAGGACGAGGCUUUUGAUAAGGUGAUCCAGCAGCUGCAGGAGGACCAGCGAGCCAACGUGGUGGUCUGUUUCUGCGAGGGCAUGACCGUGAGGAACCUCCUGAUGGCGGCGCAGAGGAACAAUGUGACUUCGCGGUUCCUCUUCCUCGGCAGCGACGGAUGGGCGGACCGCUCGGACGUGGUGGCCGGGUUGGAGGAGACGGCUGUGGGCGGCCUCUCCAUCAAAAUCCAGAGCUCAUACGUGGAGCAGUUCGACGACUACUACUUCAAACUCCACCCGGACACCAACACGAGGAAUCCGUGGUUCAAGGAAUUCUGGCAGAGCAGGUUCAACUGUUCACUGCCGGGCAUCCAGGAGUCCGAUGACAUGAAUCUGCCGCCGUGUUUGGGUUCCGAAUCCCUACGAAAGGGUUAUAAGCAAGACACCAAGAUGGCGUUCGUGAUGAAGGCGAUCUACACCAUGGCAUGGGGCCUUCACAACAUGCAGCGCGACCUGUGCCACGGGAUGUCGGGAUUAUGCAACGCUAUGGUGCCAAUCAACGGCUCUCUCUACAGGGAUUACCUCAUGAACGUAACAUUCUCCAGCAUGAAUGAGACUGUGAGUUUCGAUUCCCACGGAGACCCUCCCGGCAGGUACAACAUCAUGAACUACCAGCGGCUGGAGAACGGCAGCUUCGACUACGUGCGCGUCGGGACCUGGGACAACGGCAGCCUGAUCGUGCACGAGGACAAGGUCGUGUUCAACUUCCCCGACCGCCAACCGCCGACGUCCGUGUGCUCUGUGCCUUGUAACUACGAUCAGUAUAAGAGAAAUGUAAAGGCAAUAUUUGGAGGCGCUAAACUGACGCUGUCAUGCACAAAAGCUGGUCUUUGA